AUGAAGGCCGCUCUCUUCGCCACCGCCCUUGCCGUCGCCGGCGCCACCGCCCAGUCGGUCCCCCCCUUCCGCUACGGAACCCCCAGCCCCAACGCGCCCGGCGUCAAGGGCGUCAACUCCAACGGCCCCACCAACCCCAAGACUCCUCAGCUCAACACCCCCAUCAACCAGAAGUCCGAGUCGCGCCUCGCCUCGCUCAACUCGGUCGAUGACUGGUGCACCUUCGGCCCCCGCGACCCCGGCACCGUCAUCGGCGACGUCGAGGGCGAGACCGUCGCCUACUGCACCAAGGCCCGCAACAACGCCCGUGUCAUUCCCGACGGAACCGUGACGGCUGCCCACUUUGUCAAGACGCCGCUCUACGUCCAGCUGAUGGCUCUCGGCGACUUCACCAAGAUUGGCAUCGUCGCCGGAGACGAGGGCGGUGAGCUCGACCCGCACGGCGCCACCAACAUGGGCAACCCCGUCGGCGGCAACGUCACGUCCAACGUCUCGGGCGAGGACGUGUUCUACGAGGAGUGGAUGAACUACGUCUCGUACAACCAGGUGUGCUUCCGCAUCUGCAUCGCCGGCAGCGACCAGGCCCCCACCGCUGACGUCUGCGAGCACGAGCUCGACGUCAUGGGCUGCAACUUUGUCAUGCCCGGAAACUACGCCGACAACGUCUUCGAGACGUGCGACGGCGAUGCCGCCUACCCUCCCGGCCACUACCCCCAGCCCGACGGCUCCACCUCGACCUUCCACCAGUUCUUCACCGGCGAGUACGUCGUCAACGGCCAGACGAUGCAGUACACGAACGGUGCCGCCGACCAGGUCACGCCCACCGCCGCCUACUCGACGCCCUCGACCAGCAACUGCCGCACCACCGACACGAUCAAGAACGGUAUUGCCAGCCUUGUCCCCGCCGUCUCGUCGUCGUCGUCGUCGGCCUCGUCGUCGGCCGCCACCUCGACUGGCGCCAGCUCGUCGGGCAUGGCUUCGUCGCGCGCCGGCUCGUCGACCUCGGGCGGCUCCCGCGCUCCCGCCGCCACCGGCAGCAACUCGGCCAGCGGUGCCAGCUCCAGCUCUGGCAACGCCAGCGGUGCCCUCUCGCUCCAGGCUUCGGGCAUCCUCGCCUCGCUCGCCGCCGUCGUCGCCGGUGCCUACCUCCUCUAA